AUGUGUAUGCAACUUGUAAAGGAUAGCAAAGAUGAAUUGGAACUUGUAUCUACACAUUUCGAAAACGAUGCUAAUGUCGGUUACGUAGAAUUAAUUCAAAAUGCUGAUAAAAAAGCCGUAAAUAUUGCAAAAAUAAUAAUGCAAUUGAAGAAGGACUUAUCUAAUUUGCGAACUGGCUGUGGAGCCGCCCAAUCAAAUGAAAUGGAAGUAUGUAAGGUACAAGAACAGUUAACAGAAAUGGUGGCACAAUAUAAACAAGCAGUCGCUGAGGUACUCAAAUUAGCUAAAACUAAUAAAUUCGAUGUUGAAAACCUAGAAUGCCGAAAAAUUGACAUGACUCAAUAUAUCAAGCCGAACAAUUGUAUGACAUCAGUAGUCAAAGCGUCUGAUAAAGAACUAAUUGCUCCAUGGAUAUUAAUUAACAAUGAACAAGAGUACCCAACGUUUUUUCGUUAUGAUCUAAAUAAUAAUGGAAUUAAAUUCAAUGAACAUGAUAAUGAGUCAAUUUGCUCGUGUAAUGAUGAAUCUGAAAAUUGUUGUUUGACUGAUUGUGAAGAUAAUCGUCCCAUAACUGAUAAUUGCCAUAAACGUUUCAAAACUACAAAUACUGAUUGUGUAAAAGAAGGAUUUAAAAAUGAACUUCUGUCAAUGAAGGGAGGAAUGAAGAUAUUACACCAACAGAACCGUGAUUUUUUGUGCAAACUUAACAGUGCAAAUCAACAAACACUUGCCUUAACAAAUUCUCUUAAAAAUAAGCUAGCUUCCCAGAAAUCUCAAGGAACAAAUGAUAAUAGUACAUGCUUUCCAGAUAGUAAUAAAUCAAAACCACAAAUUUUAAUGCUCGAAAUUGAACGAUUAAAUGACGAAUUGAAGAGAUUAAAACGUGACAAAUGCCAGAUUGAAUUAGCUAAAAAAGUAUUAAAUAUAUCUGAAAACAUGUGCCCUAAUUGUGCUGAGACAAAAACUCUAUGUGAUGAUCUUGAACCCAAGACUGAGGAUUAUAAAAAAUUAUUGGCGGAUUAUAACGAUAAAGUAUUAGAAAUUGAAAAUCUACGAAAUAUGUUAACCGAAGCUCAGUGUAACCAUAAGACUUGUGAAGACCGUUUGACGAUAUUAAAAACACAAGUCUGCCAGUUACAAAAACAAUUGUUUGAUUUCAAUUCAGCAAAAUCCCACGAUCCUGAAGUGGCCAGUUCAAAUGAAAAAUAUUUGAUUGAAAGUCUGAAAAGUCGUUUGUUAGAGGCAACAGAGGAAAAAAAUAACAUGCAGAUGGUACUCGAUUUUCAUCUGACCGAACUCGAGGAUAAAAAAUCAAAGUUUUUGGCAGUUCUUCAGACAAAUCAAGAACAAAAAUAUCGUAUUGAAAGUAUUUGUAGGGAAAAAAAUACAAUUGCCGAAGAAUAUGAAGCGGAGUUUAAUCGAAUGAAUGAUCAUCUAAAAUCAUGCCUAGAGGAGCUCGGAACAUUACCUGGAUUAUUAGCAACUGCACAAAGGGAUUUAGAAAAGGAGACAUUAGCUAGAACUGAUUUGGAAAAUGAACGUGUCAAUCUUUUAAAUGAAAUAAAAUCAUUAAAGGCAAUUUUGGCGGAUGAUGACAGAGAAAAUAAAGACAAAAGACUCAAAUGUCUGGAAGAAAAAAACAUACAACUGAGAGCUAUGAUAUUGACUUUGGAAGCUAAUUUGGAUGAAAACAAACGACUAUACAAGGAACGAACCCACUAUUCGUUACAAUUGAAAGAGAAUUUAGAUCUUAUAAGAAAAGAAGCAGCCUUACAAGUGACGAAAACCAAAAAUUUUUCUGAAUGCCAGAUGCUCAAAUAUUUUGAAUAUAUUAAACAGUUAGAACAAAAGUUGGUAGAACAUAGAGCAAUAACAUGUUUAGAAUUUCAAAAACGGGACCAAAUAGAUGGACGUUUGAGAAAUCAAAUCGAAGUAUUAACAAAAAAUUUAAAUGAAGCACAAAAGCAAAUGGGAUAUAUAAUCAAGGCUAAAUAUUCAAUGGAAGAUGAAACCGGAGUAGAUGUAUGCAAGAUUCCUAGGGUACUAAAUUCAGUAUGCAAUGCAUUAAAUACUCCAAAGAAUUCAGAUAAUCUUGAAGACAAUUGAA